AAAUGGAUCUUGCCAAUAGAAUUUCGGAAAUAUGCCUUGCAAAAUUUGACCAACUGCCGAAAACGGGAAAGCCUAAGGAAGGCUUCGAGUGGACGAUUUUUGCAGCAAUUGUUAAAGUUGAACAAUAUGCCGGGGAACAAAAGGUGGAAGUCGUAGCUCUUGGAACAGGAACAAAAUGCUUGGGAGGUCACGAGUUGAGCAUGAAAGGCGAUGUUCUGAAUGAUAGUCAUGCUGAAGUCAUGGCAAGAAGGGGAUUUCUGCGGUAUAUGAUGCAUGAGAUGAAAUGCUGCUUAUCUGAACGUUCGAAUGUUUUUGAAUAUGAAAAAGAACCGAAAAAGUUUCGUUUAAAAAGCGAUGUGUCAUUUCAUUUCUUCACUACGCAUACUCCAUGUGGGGAUGCAAGCAUAUACGAACAAGCUGAUAAAUCAGCCCAAAGUGACCCUCCUAGCCCUGCUACGAAAAAGAUAAAGUUAACCUGCGAUUCCAGCGACGUUGGAUCUGCUAUUGUUGAGCGCGCGGAAGGAAUGACUGGGGGCAAGCUACUGGAAUGUUCGGGAAUUGAUCUCAUGGCACAAGACACGGGAAUGAUUCGAACCAAGCCCGGAAAAGGUGAGAGGACCCUCUCUGUAUCAUGCAGCGAUAAGAUGGCCCGAUGGAACAUCCUUGGCGUGCAGGGUUCACUGGUUAUUUCGUUACUGGUGCAACCGAUCUAUCUGGAGAGCAUCGUCAUCUGCGAUGGAACGGACUAUAACAAAGAAGCAAUGGAACGGGCCUUAUGGGAACGCUGGGAACCGGCCUUGAAGCAAGAUUUACUAAAAGAACCAUACAGAUUGCACAAACCUAGUAUUUGUGUGGCUACAAAUGGAAGAUUUUUUCGUUUUCGGAAAAACUCGAAAUACGACGGCUCAAACAAAUUUCAACCAGCUCCAGGAGGAAUCGUUUGGUGUGCAGGUGUAGAAGAAAGGUAAGAAAUACAUAAACAUGUUGUUACGAAACUACAAAGUGUUGAAACUGUGGUAAGUUUUGAGUUACUGGAAUCAUCAUUUAGCUCAGUGGUGCUCAUCCUGCGGCCCGCGGGCCGCAUGCGGCCCUCCAAGCCUUAGGAUGCGGCCCGCGGAGUACUUUAAGUCGAAUCGAAAUUUUUGAACGAUUAUUUGAAAUAACUCGUUAAAUUUAUUAAGAAA